GUUGACACAGGCAGAGUUUGGGCAGCUGCUCUGAUAACAAGGACCUUUAUAAGUCGGAUGAGAGGAGAAGUCACUCUGCAUACCCCUGAUGUUCAGAAAGAUAAACAUGCAUCUAAAAGUUGUGAUCUUCGCUUUGUCAUUUUUGACAACUUCAGCAUAUCCACUCCGCCGUAACACCAGGGAGGCAACAUGGACUAAUUCAAAGUCCAACCAGGCUCAUGAAAAGACAGAACUCACGAAGGAUGUGGAUAAUAUCUACAAGAGCCACAUAGACAGCAGUGACCUUUACGACCAAGAAGAUCACAGCAAAAACCCCGUGGCAGAAGAGAUGCAACGCAAACUCAACAUGGAGUCGGAGCGCCUGCGUGCCCGUCUACGCCAAGAGCUGGCCGAACUGCGAGAGAGGCUGUCCCCGUCUCCGGCCCACCUCGGCUCCACCCUGGCCAACAUGAGGGAGCGCUUGGCUCCUCUCACCCAGCAGCUCCAGAGCUCUCUCAGCAGCAACACCCAAGACCUGUGCGGCCAGCUGAGCCUCUACCUGCAGGGCCUGGAGACAGCGGAGGUCCAGGCGGAGGCCGGUCCGGCUCUGUACCAGGAAGCCUUCCACUGGAUAAGUCAAACCCUGGAGCACAGCAGCUCCAAGGUGGCUGACUUCGUCAGUGACUUCCACACUAAAACCAUCGGGGAGAUGGAACAUCUGAAAGAGAUCAGCGCUGGUGAGCAAGAGGCAGCCAAGUCAGAGCACUGGCAGGAAAUCAGCUCCAGGUUGGGACAGGAGGUGAGCUCACUGAGGAUGGAGGUGCAGAACAGGGUGGCGGCGCUCAAAGCAGAGCUCGCUGCUCUGCUAGAAAGUGCACAGCCCAGCAAGGCUGAAGUGACAGCCAGUAUGGAGCGGUUCUGUCAAAAUGCAGCGCUGCAGAGCCAAGUGUUUCAGGCCCGCAUGGAGAGGCUGUUUGAGGGGCUAGAGGAGGAGCUGGAGGUCCAGGUAGACUCCAGCCUGUCUCCUUCUUCUUCUUCUUCGUCCUCGUCGUCCAUGCAGCCAGUUGGCUAUUUGCAGGAGGACUUCUUAGUUAAGCUCUCCGCUCUGAUCCAAGACAUUCUGCACUCAGUGUAGUGACAGAGACAACUGUACAUUUUUACAAAAAAAAACUACCCGUUUACCUAUUAAAGUGUUUCAUUUGACAUGUAUUCUCAUCCAUGAAUUUGGUUUGUUGUUUGCCAUUGUACCAGCAAAGUAAGUAGCCUGUAAAUAUUGAGUGUUUGGUUUUGAUUGAUGUAUUUGUUUCAUUCUGAACUGUGAAUGAGUGUGUAAAUGUCAGUAUAAUGUUUGCUGUGCCAUGAUAUCAACCACAGUGCAGAGUCGACCUGAUUUCAAACUUUAUUUCGAACAUGUACAAAAUAGAUCUGAAUUAUACAGCAGAUUAUAAUGUGGUCAAAAAUGUAUCUUUGUAUAUAUGUAAAUAACUGUUUUAAGCAAUGAGAUCAUGUAUAUGAUACCCCAAAACUGGGAAGCCUGUCAAUGUGAAAACGUGCAGGCAUUCAUCAAAGCAAAUGUAUAAUAACAUAUUAAAAUGAAUCUGUUCUUUAUUGGC